AUGAGUCAAAGUGUUGAAGUGGGGAAUAUUAACCAAAUCCUUGUCAUUGGUAAAAAUAGUUUUUUAAGUAUCAAUUCAACUACUGUAACACUGUGGGAUAGUAAUACUGCUCAAAGCCUUAAAACUAUUAUGAUUCCACCUGGAAUUACUAUUGUUCAGGCAGUAAGUAUUUCUCAAGAAAAUGAAUUUUCGUUGUAUGUUUUAACAUCAAGUAAAACAAUAAUUCAAUUUACUAAACCUACCUUUGAUUAUUCAAAAGCUAAAGUUUAUCAAAGUGGUUCUCCAGUUACUAAAAUAGCUGUUAUCGAUCUUAACACCUGUUUGAUAUCUAAACAAAAUGAGAUUGGUACUGUCAAUUUUAAUAAAGAAGUUGUUGAAUAUACUGAGUUAUUUAAAGUAAAAGAAGAAGUUACAGCAUUAUUAUACUCAUCACCAAAUAUCUAUUUAGCAACAAAAUUUGAAUUAUUUGUUUAUUCAAUGGAAGGAAAGGAAAUAAAAAAGAUAAGUUUUAAUGAAAAUGAAAUCAAACAAGUUGUGUCAGGAAGAAAGAAAAUUUUUGUGAUUUGUGAUAAAAAAUUGAUUUUAAUAAAUGAAGAUUUGACAAUUGGCCAUGAGUUUAUCGGAGAUUUUUAUGAUUUAAGCGAAAAUGAAGAUUUUAUUUUGGUUAGUGGUUCUAAACAAACAGAGCUCAUUUCUAGUCAAUAUAAUUCUGCUUUAAAAACAUAUAAAACUUCACAAUGUUGUGGUAUUAACAAUAAAAUUAUUUUAUAUUCUAAUAAUCUAUUAGAAUUUAUUGACUUACCAAUGAAACCUACAUUGUCUGAUUGCUUAAAACAUAUCAGUAAUGGACAAACUUCUAUUGAAUGUGAUGUGAAUAAUUUUGUUGGAAGUUCAAGUGGAGAAUAUCAAAAUGAAGUUUUAAAUGAGGAAAAUGGAGAUGUAUUACCUAAUUUUGAUGUUCCAAGUGAUGAAGAUUUUAUUGAAAGAAUUGAGAGUGCUAUCAAAAUGAAUGGUAAUUUAAGAUGGAAUUUGUGGGAUGAAGUUCAUAAAAGAAUUCAAGAGAAAAAGUGUUCAACUGACGUGUAUUGGAGCAUUAUUCUUAAAUUAAUUAUUUAUGACCUUAUAAGAGAUUAUACUGAUUUGUUAUUAUUAUUAAUUCAUGAAAACAAUUUAAAUUAUAUUGACUACAUUAUCCAAAGAGAUAACGUUACUGUUACAGAAGUACCUCUUCUUUCACUUCUCCGUAUAACAGUUAAAAUGAAUCUCAACCAAAUAGAAUUUAACAAUAAGGAUACUUUUAUUUUGCAUGUGUUUGAUAGGGAAAUUAAUGCACAAACUGCACCUAAAAUGUUAUCUCAAUUAAAUCCAAAUGAAGUAAUGAAUAUAUUAAAAUAUCUCAUUCAACAAUUUGAAUCAAAUACUCCAAUUUCUCAACAACGAAUUCUAAAUUGGUUAAUGGCUUUCUUUGACGCUCACAUCACUCUCUUAAUUACUGAUCAACAAUUCACUGCUCCAUUAAAACAAUUAUUUGCUAUUCUUCAAAAAGAAAUCCAACUCUCAGAAAACUGUGAAGCUCUCAAACCAUAUAUCGAGCAAAUUAAGUUUAACUUACCAUUACCAACGGUUAAUACUGAUGAAUAUGUCGUUAUUGAUUUAUUAUACCAAUAA